CACACACGGAUUAAAGAUGGCGCCCUCUCAUACAAUGAGAUGCUGUAAAAAAGGUCUCAACUGGAUACCUGUUUUAUUUAUUAACCUUGUCAUUGGCUGGUCCUACUAUGCCUACAUCGUGGAGCUUUGUGUCUAUACAAUCCCAGAUAAUGCAGAACGAAUCAGCUACUUGGUGGUCUUUCACAUUUUCUUCUUCAUGUUCACGUGGUCCUACUGGAAGACUAUAUGCUCCAGGCCAGAGGGGCCCUCCAAAGCGUUUUGUCUGCCCAAAGCUGAGAAGGAGCUGUAUGAGAAAGAGGAGCGAGCUGAGAUACAACAGGAAAUUCUGAAGAAAGUGGCCAUGAAUUUACCUGUAUAUACACGCACCCCGGGAGGAGCCAUUCGAUAUUGUGACCACUGCCAGGUAGUCAAACCCGACCGCUGCCAUCACUGCUCCACCUGUGAGAGGUGUGUGCUGAAGAUGGAUCAUCACUGCCCCUGGGUGAAUAAUUGUGUCGGAUUCUCCAACUACAAGUACUUCGUCUUGUUCCUGGCCUACGCCACUCUCUAUAGUGCAGUGAUUUCUGCCACAGUCAUUCAGUAUUUCAUCAAAUUCUGGACUAAACGGCUGCCGGACAAUCACGCCAAAUUCCACAUCCUGUUUCUGUUCAUUGUGGCGGUCAUGUUCUGUAUCAGCACCCUGUCGCUUUUCAUCUACCAUCUGUGGCUUGUGGGAAAGAACCGGACCACGAUAGAGGCUUUCAGGGCGCCCGUCUUCUCAAGUGGCCCAGACAAAAAUGGAUUUUAUCUGGACUUUAGUCAAAAUUUCACCGAGGUGUUUGGAGACCAGAAGACACGCUGGGUGUUUCCCAUUUUCUCAAGUCUGGGUGAUGGCCAUUCAUUUGUUACCAGACUGGUACAUAUAGAUCCUGAGCAAGCUAAUGCUGUCCUCCAGCAAAAUGGCAAAAGCUCUGUCGAAGGUGCAACCAAUCCUAGUGCGCUUGAUAACAAUACACAGCAUACCGCUGAUAGCAGCAAAGAGAAAACUGAUGGAGGCCAGACAGUCUCUGUCACCAUGGAGAGUGAGCCAUAAGAAGGUCAAAGGGACAUCAGACCUCAUCCUAGAGAAUCUAAGCCAUCAACUAUGAUGCCUUAAACCAGGAGCAUCAGCACCUCCACAGGAGCCAUCCUCCACCAUCCUUUAGCUUUUGACGGUGCAGUCUCAAACCACAGCUCUUGUAUGUAUAUCGGACCAAACUUACUUUUGUCAUUUAAUCUAUAAGCUAGUACCGUUAUUAUUAUGAUUAUGAUUAUGAUUAUAGUCCACAGGGACUAUACACUGACCUCAUGGACUGCACCAGAUUGAAGUGGUUUCAGAGACUUUGUCUUGUGAACCAAAGACUUUCAAAGAACUUUUUUAAAUUAUUGUUGUUGCAGCUGAAUAACUCUGGAACAGCUUUUGUUCCUCAAGCCGAUACAUUUUUAAAAACCAUGUGGACUGUGGACACAAGAAGAAAAUCAUUCUUCAUCAGUAUUAAUGUUGUAUUAUUGAUUAAGUCUCUAAAUGAGUUACGUUUCAUUAAGAGACAUGGAACCACUAAACCCAAAAAAGCAUCAGCACUAAUAUGUGUUAAUGUUAAGACAUUUCAGCACUGUUGACAGUGAAUGCAAUAAUCAUAUCCAUCAUGUUUUUUUAACUGCUAACCGAGGGUUUUUCACAGUGCACUUACCAGACGGACGGUCUGUUUUCAUGUGGUCUAAUUUAGUUUACAGUUAACCCAGAUAAAAGCUUAUAGAAAAGCCUUUCUGUUUACACUUUUUUAAUACAUUUUUCACAUUUCAAGUGAAAGGCAAACGUAUAAAUGAUAUAAGCUUCAAAUCUGAAGACCAAAUCCAGCCAUGAAGUAAGUUUCUCACACUAACCAUUGACUCUAUUGCAAGAACAUAAAGAAACACUGCAGUUAAAAUGCUUUAAUAUCAGUGAUGAAGGAAUAUCUAUAACUGAUAAAUGAUAUACUGUAGGAUAUUAGUGAGUUUGCCAUUUUUUUUAUUGCACUACAUAUUUUUGUAAUUUAUUUAUCAUUUUUUUUAGAAGUUAAUGCAAAUGUGUACUGAUUUUGCUUGCAUUGCUGCAUUUGUUUUAUAUCUAUUUUGAAUUUGAAAAGGGCGUAAUAUAAAUUCAUGUUUUUCCCGCUGUAUUUAUUCCAGAGAAAGUUUGCAGCAGUAAUUAAUUUUCCACCUUUUGCAGUGCAGUUGUAAUUAAUUCAGUUUUUUUUUUACUUCAGUUUUUAGUGUUAAUGCCAAGGAUCAAAUGCGUCGAAGGCACACCUCCUUCGAUUUGUCUUUCCAAUUUGAUGAUUGUAAGAUUUACUUGAAAGUUGGAACAAAACUACAACAGACAGCACAGAAUGAAACCACAACACAAACCUUGAAAGAUAAAAACAGUUCACAAAACCUUUUAUCCACUGUGAUCCACAUGCCUGAACUUGGAUUGAUAAGGCGGAUCUCAGUAAUCAAAUUAUAGGUUCUCUAAGCUCUAUUUCACAUUUGUUUGACUGGAAAUAGAUUGCGGUGUUGGACUGCCAGAGUGAUCAAUACAUGAUGUGUGGUUACUGACUGGUGUGUGAGCAGAGUAAUUCCUUUUUGACUCAACUAAUCUGAACCCAACUUGGUUUACUGUACCCCCAAGAGGCUUUAAAUAAAAACUGUACGUAGGCCUUUGUUUCAUGCUUUUUAUUAAAACAAAACAAAAUAUUCAUGCAAUAUGAUAUGCAUUGUAACAAUAAAUAAAACUGAGAAACACUA